AUGGAGUUCACCAGACGCUACCUCCCAAUGGAGUGGGAAGAGCGCUGGAGGAGAGAGAAGGAGCGGAGGAAGCGAGUGGUGCAGGAAGGCGGAGAAGGAGUGGAGCAGUACAACCGCGAGCUGAAGAGGAUCGUGGCCUUCAAUGACGCUCGGAUGGGUCUCACCGGCGCAGAGGGGAAGAGAGAAGGGUCAGAGGUCAGGAUCGAUCAGGAAGCAGCUGAGGAGCACAUGAGGGACGACGAGCAUCAAGUCCACAAGUACUGCAGCAAAACCUACUCCAAGGACACAUUGGAGACCUUGAAGGACCUCCUGGACUCGUCUGUUCUCACCGACCUGACUCUGGUCUCUGCGGAUGGAGUCCAGAUCAACGUUCACUCCGUCGUUCUGGCCGCCAUUAGCAACGUCAUCCUGGAGAAACUACGGGAGAGAAACGGACGACCGCUGGACGGCGAUGAAUCUGACAAGUGGUCAGUGGGUACCGCCGCUGACGGCGUUGGUCUGAGGGCAGUGGUGGAGUUCGCCUACACAGGCGUCGUAUCGUCCUUGAACAGAGACACAGCGGCUGAACUCAGAGCCACGGCUCAGACGCUGCUGGUCCCACGACUGGCUGAACUCUGCAACGGAGAGGAACGACUGAAAGAUGGAGGACGGCCGAAGACGGGAGAGCAAACCGUCUCUGCAAGGCAACAGAGAGAGAUGACUCUUCAGAGCAUCGAGCAGCUGUGGGCAGACGGCGUGGGGUGUGACGUACGUUUGGAUGUAGAUGGAAGCGUCUUCCAUGUUCACAGAGUAAUCCUGGCAGCCAGCAGUGAUUACUUCCGUGGCAUGUUCACCUGUGGAAUGAGAGAAUCGCGUCAGCGCUGUGUUGCCCUUCCCUUCUUGUCGGCGCCUGAAUUGGAGGCUCUCAUCAGCUUCUCCUACAGCGGAGUCCUCCCACUCAGCUGGGACUGGGUUUUUGAAAUCGCCUGUACGGCUCUCCAGCUGCAGUUUCGACCUGCUCUCUCGCUUUGCUUCGCCUUCAUGCAGCAAAAAAUCGAUUCUGGGUUCUGCCUGGACGUGGCCUCUUUUGCUGAGGCCUACGGGAUGUCGGAGCUCCUGGAGGAGGCCAAUGACUUUGUACUGAGGAACUUCAGCAAGGUAUCGGCCACCGCAAAGUUUCUGGACUUACCAGCAGAGAAGCUCCUGGGCUUCCUUCGGUCGGACGGCCUGUGCGUGCCCUCGGAGCUGGCAGCAUUUCGAGCUGUGAUCGCCUGGAUCGAGGCCAAACCUGAGGAGAGGCUGGCCCAGGCCAGCUUGCUAAUGACCGGAGUUCGCUUCCCUCUCAUGACCUUCCGAGAGUUCAGGGAGGUCAGAGCCAUCAACCUGCGCAUGGAGUGCUUUGGAGACGACGACGUGGAACUCUACAGCUCCGCGCUCAAAGAGUUUGGCUUCAGCCUGCCUAAGUCGGAGGACCGGUGUCGCGUGAGGCGACCCAGAGACACUGUGGUUCUGGUUGGGGGAGACCAGCUCAACCCAGACGUGGGUCAGCGCAUCCCGAGCAGGGAACUUUGGUUCGCUAACUCCCUGCGCAGCGGCACUGGACUGGUGAAGGACAUCGAGUGGCGGAAGCUGGGUGAGAUUCCAGACAGGCCAAAGUUCAGGCACGCUGUGGCGGUCCUGGAAGGGAAGCUGUACGUGGUGGGAGGAUGCCACUUCUAUGCCAAGGAUGACAUGAUGAAGUCUACAUACAGCUUUGAUCCUGUGGCGGACUGCUGGACCAGGCUCGCCGACAUGCACGAAUUCAGAAGCAACUUUUCAGUGGUGCCACACGAGGACCGCCUUUAUGCUAUUGGCGGCGACAAAGAGAUCAACGCCAACAUGGACAGCGUAGAGAUGUACAACCCAGACAACGAUUCCUGGAGCUUGGUCAAACCUCUGGACCAGGCGUUGAGUGGAUACGCCGUCGCCGUCCUCAACGACGGGAUCUUUGUUUCCGGGGGCUUCAACUGUCAGUACGUGUGUCUGGUCUCCAUGUUCCUGUACCACCCGGAGAGAGGAACCGCUUACCUGGCCGACAUGGCCCACGACCGGGCCCAGCACUGCAUGGAGGCGGCGCGAGGCCUCCUCUACGUGGCAGGCGGGGUGUGCAACCUGAGGAGGUUUUACACCGACCAACUGGCCUGCGAGGUCUACGAUCCUGCCACCGACGCCUGGACCGGGUUCACUCCGCUGCCGCUGCCGCACGUCGGCGCCGCCUCGGCCGUCCUGGAGGAGAAGAUCUACGUGUUGGGAGGAUACUGCCAGGACGACUACAGCGAGUCUGGACUGGUCCACCGGUUCGAUCCCGGCUCACAGCAGUGGGAAAACAUGGGCAGGCUGCCCAGAGCUGUGACUGACAUCCGGGCCUGUCUGCUGCGACUGCCAAAACACCUCAGACAGUGA